UCACCACCCACAUAGUAAAGCACCCAUUCCUCCUUCGUAUUUCCCGCUCCGCCCCGAGUUCCAUCCAUCCAUCCAUUCAUCCAUGAGUGAGGGUCUCUCUAAGCAAUCCUUCUGUCUAGUCUGAUCUAAUGUAAUACAUCGUUGGCUGUUCUUGAUAACAGGCCGUGCCCAGCCCCGCUUUCCGUGUCAUCCACACAAUCGUGAUGAUAAUGAUGAUCCUCUCGACUCGAAUCCUAGCAUGAGUGAGUCUUUAAGGGUGAGAGGCACGUAUCGUUGAGAAUCAACCACCAUGGCCAUGGCGAAGUGGGGGAUGUGGACUUGGAUGUCAUCCUGGAUGGUGCUGGCAUUGGCUUUUGAUCGAGCCUCUCAGCCCAUUGAGUUGAUCCCAUGGCGUUGGCAGUGCCAAGCAGGUCGAGAUUGUGUCCGAAUCGAUCCCGGAGAGGUUCGAGCAGCCGCUGAAGAGCCUCUGAUGAGUUUGGACGGCUGCCAGUCCAUCUGCGGCUUUCACGGCUCGCUCUGGCCUCAGCCGGAAUCCGCACGAUUGGGUCGGGAUUUGGUGUCCAUUUGGGUGGAUCCGGUGUCCUCGCUCCAGAUGGAAAUGGGCGCCAAUCCGUCCAGUCAAGUAGUGCAAGCGCUUCAAGGGGCGUGGGAUAUUGUUUUUGAUCACAUCCAGAAUCUCGUGACGGUCAAACCGUGGGUGCGAAAUGCGGCUCGAGAGCUCAAAGUUCACGUUCGAGUCUUGGCGAGUAGUCUGCAAUUAGAUUUGGACACACGUGAGGAUUAUAAGCUGAGUUGGAGUGCCACUACCAAUGCCAGUAUCAAGGUCGAUAUUGUGGCCAGUACUUUCUUCGGGGCCCGACAUGGCUUGGAAUCCUUGAGUCAAAUGAUCACUUUUGAUCCGGUCGUCAAAGCGCUGCAAAUUGUGAGUCGCGCGUCCAUUGAAGAUCAACCCAAAUACCGAUAUCGGGGCCUGCUUUUGGACACGGGUCGAAGCUACAUGUCCGUGGACUCGAUCCGGAAGAUCAUCGAUGGCUUGUCCUAUGACAAACUGAAUGUGCUCCAUUGGCACAUGAAUGAACAACAGAGUUUCCCGUUUGUGAGUGAAUCCGUGCCCAAACUCACCCAAUUCGGAGCUUAUGACAAGAGUAAGUUGUAUUACAAAGAAGAUGUCCAAGGGAUCGUGGAGUAUGCCCGGCAACGAGGUGUGAUGGUGCUGCCCGAAUUCGAUGCUCCGGCCCACGCCUCGGCCGGUUGGAACUGGGGCACUGAACACCAAGAAAGUCAACUGGUGCUUUGUCAACAAAAAAAAUGGGCGGAUCGAGACGGAAGCUUGGCUGCAGAACCCCCAUCCGGCCAAUUGAACCCGACCAACCCACAGGUGUAUGAGCUACUGGAAAAACUCUAUGGAGAUCUGUUAGAGGCGUUUACCUUGCCCAAUCAGACGGUGAAUAUGUUUCACAUGGGUGGAGAUGAGGUCAAUUUUCCUUGUUGGGCCAUGAGUGAAGAUGUCCAAAACUGGAUGCGAGACAGAGGAUUGGACAGCAAUCCCGAGAUAAGUCCGGAUUCGUACCUCAGGCUGUGGAGUUAUUUCCAAGAACACGCUCGAAAACGACUUUUGAGAGUGCAUCCCGGGAACGAACUCGAGAAGAAUAUCAUCUUAUGGACCAGCGAGUUGGCCAAGCCAAACGUUAUACAAAAAGCGCUGCCCACCUCGGAAUACAUCAUUCAAGUUUGGUGCGAGGGCACGGAUCCUUGGAUUGCCGAUCUUCUUCGUAAGAAGUAUCGUUUGAUACUUUCAAAUUCGGAUGCCUGGUAUCUUGAUUGCGGCUUUGGAGCUUGGGUGUACUCCGGACAGGGCCCUGAUAAUAACUGGUGCUCCCCGUUCAAAAGCUGGAAGAUCUUCUACGAGAACUCGCCCAGGAACCUGGUCGUCAAUUUUGGUAUGGAAUGGAAGAGCACCAAAGGCCUUGUUCUGGGGGGCGAAGCGGCCAUGUGGUCCGAACAGGCUGAUGAGAAUGUGGUCGAGGGUCGAAUAUGGCCCCGCAUAUCCGCCAUGGCCGAGCGGUUGUGGUCAGAUCCGACCACGCCUUGGCAAGAAGCUGAGCCUCGGAUCCUUCAGCACCGACAUCGUCUCGUUCAAAGAGGCAUCCGUGCCGAUGUGAUUCAGCCGGAAUUCUGUCGCCAACACCAAGGAUGGUGUUUUAUGCCUCGACGAGGAUACUUCAGUGCCCUCGACCCAGCCACUAUCGAGCAAGAGCUCUCAGCGGCAGAAGCUCAAGUCCAUUUCUCCAGCCUGAAUGAGGACCCUCUGCCCAUCCCCAAAUCUUCCAAUUCCAUAGGAUUCAUGUUAGUAGUUUCUGUGAUAUUGAUGCUCGUUUAUCUUAAGCGGCGCUCCGUUUUGGGAGCGUUCCUAAUCACGUGGCAGAAAUUAAGAGAGAAAGUCACGAGAUCCAAGUAAGUAAUCGGCACUCUUUUGUACGUCCUAGUCUUUGUCAUGUCCUAAAUAAAAGGCACUCGACUUCAAAAUCAUA